AGCCGCAGAGCCGCAGAGCCGCAGAGCAGAGAGCAGCCUUUGGGAGCCUUUGUGGCACUGCUUGUCGAUCUUGCUUGUGUGUGCAUUCCAGCGAGGAUGAGGAAGGAUGCGAGCGUCCUACGGCUGGUGCAACUUCUCGUGCUUCUGUUGGCGAUUCAACUGGAUGCUUUCGCGCUGACUCCUGCUGGACGCAGUGCGCAUGGCGGGGGUCAACCGUCGAACCAGGCGACAAGCUUGAACGGACCAGGGAAGCUGGCCGGUGUGGGAUCGUCCUUGCGCUCGGCCCAAGGGCUCUCUCCCGAGUCGCGCGCCAAGGUUCCGUUGACGGUGCAACGCAUGUCCGGUGGUGGCGAGGGCGGCCAGGCCGCCAGCGAAGAGGGAGACAAGUCAGGCAUGUCGGCGUCCGUCUUCAACCUGGCCAAGAACAUCUUGGGCGCUGGAAUGCUCUCCUUGCCGAACGGGGUAGCUGCGUUUUCGGAUUCCAAGAAGGCCAUCAUCCCCGCCUCCUUGAUCAUCGCCGUGCUCGGCGCCGUGUCCGCCUACACCUUCGUGCUCAUCGGCCGCUCCUGCGCCGAGACCAACGCCGAGUCCUACGAGCAGUCCUGGGCGCGCACCGUGGGGCAGAGGUCCGCCUGGGUGCCGGCCGGCGCAUGCGUGGCCACGUGCUUCGCCGGGUGCCUUGCCUUCACGAUCAUCAUCGGGGACAGCUUCUCGGCGUUGGCCAAGACCUUCGGCGCGCCUGCGCUCGUUGCCAAGCGAUCGAACAUCAUCAUGGCGGUCUCGGCCACGGUGCUCUUGCCCCUGUCUCUCCUGAAAAACCUGAAGUCCCUUGGGUUCACGAGCAUGCUGGGGACCUCGGGCCUUGUCUACACGGCCGUGAUGAUGGCGAUCCGCUUCUUCGACGGCUCUUACGCCGCCGGGGGGAAGUUUCACGCCCUCUUGCCCGCGGCUGGGGCCCCCGUGUUUGACGCCAAGGGCACCAACCCCAUCUGUUUCCUGGUGCUCGUGUCGAUGCUGUCCACGGCGUACGAGGCGCACUUUAACGCGCCGCUCUUCUACCGCGAGCUCAAGGACAACACGGUCCCGCGGUACAGCAAGAUGGUCUCGACCUCGUUCCUUGCGAGCGUGGCCACCAUGACGGCGGUGACCGCCUUCGGGUUCCUGACGUUUGGCGGGGCGUCGAGCGGCUACAUCCUCAACAACUACGCCACCACGGACCGCCUGGCGACCGUGGCGCGCGUGGCCGUGGCCUCCAGCCUGGUCUUCUCCUACCCGCUCUGCUUCGUGGGCCUCCGCGACGGCAUCCGCGAGAUGGGCGGCGCGAAGCCGGGGGAGACGCGGAAUCGAACGAGGUGGACGGUGGGUCUCCUGGCCGGGGUUACGGCGGCGUCGCUCAAGCUCACCGACCUGGGGUUCGUGAACUCCUUCGGCGGCGCGCUCAUCGGCUCCGGAAUCGUCUACGUCUUCCCGGCGCUCAUGUUCCUGAAGCCACUCAUGAGGAAGUUCAAGGACAAGGCGGUCGCCGCCGCCGCCGCCGCCGGGCAGAAGCGGGAGAUGUCGCUGAACGCGGGGAUUGUGGCGGCUGGGGUGGCCAUGGGCGUGCUCGGGUGCGUGAUCAGCGUCCUGGAGACGUUCACGAACGUCUUGGCGGUUUAGGGCGUAGUAGCGAGGUGAUGCCGGUGCUUGUGACGUGGCGGUGGCGGGUAGCACGGUUAGUCGAACGUUAGGUUUACAGCGAAAUUUUGUUCGUGGCGAAUUCGGCGUCGGAGUGGCGCGGCGCAUGGUCGGGCAAGGCCAUUGUCGUCCUUGAUUGAAAACCUCCACCUAUAUACGUAUUGGUUUGAAGACGAUUGUUGGAGAGGUUGCUCGUUUGUCGUCUGUGUUGGUCAGGGCAAGCAACCGUAUCUGCGACGAAAUACGGCCGCUCUGAAGAUGGAGAAAAAUAUUUAUUUUUGCACUUGGUAAAGCCAGCAGGAUAUCACCACCAAGAGUUUGAUCCCUUCUGCUGACUUUGUCUUGGACGACAUUUGGGAGGGGCAGGUUUUCUUGAGAGGAUUAAUUUGAAAUUUGCAUCUGCCGCGUAGUUCGUUUCUUUGGCAAGGAGGCGUCUACAAUAGCGGAAGCAUGCCUGAGAGUACUUUUGGGAUUCGAAGCGCUCCUUCGCGGCUACUAGCAGUUUCGCCACGAUCGAGAUUUUUGUUUGUUGUACUGGUAUCUGUGGGCGUGUUAUUUAGUGGUGACGGACCUACAAUGUUGAACGACGACGAAUCCGAGAUCAAUUGUGAUGGAUGCAUCGUACACUGAUGUUGAAAGGCAAUUCUGAAUCUCCGUUCCUCGGCGGAGAGUUUUCACUACUGUAGGACAACUAUGUACACGGCGCGCGGGCCCUUUGCGCUGUGUCUGCCGUUGGUCACAAGGGUAGCGGCACAAUUCAUCGUGGCCGCGCAGUACGGCAAUAAAUCGUGCAUCAGAUCUCUGGCAGGGUGGUUCAUGCGUCUAGCCCCCUUUUGAACGAUCGGGGGGGGCGACGCGGAUUGUAUCUGCGGUCCAGCAAGGUUAAAGGUUUGCAAUACGACACGCUCGGAGAGGAAGGGCUCCCGGGUGUCGCAUCGCGAGUCUGCCGAGAAGUUGCACAUAAAAGCGCAUCUCGGAGGAAGAAGCAGGGCAAGCAACACGCUGCUGAAGGCCAGGAGCGUUUUGAGCGUUUUUCGCGGGGUCCUGGCUCUACUAAAGAGUAAUCCCGAAUAACCCGCAGCGUACACAUGUACGAUUACCUUCAGCUGAUGAACCGCAUCUGGUAAUGGGCCCUUCUCAGCACGGACCAUUUUUAUCUUUAAGGCUUUUCUUUUCCACGAUGGCACCCGUACCUAGCAGUUUAACAUUUAACAUGGACCAUUGCCCCUUAAAACGCGAGGUCCACUUACGGUCUACAGCAACCGGACGUUGAACCUAAAGGUUCCUCACAUGGGACGUGUCACACACCGUGGCAAACCCAACCCUAGUCUAACCUUAACCCACGACCAACGCACGGCCUAGCGGCCGCAAACGGUACUAAAACGUAGCUGCGCCGCGUUGCCGGAAUGCGGAAUGGGGAAAGGGCGAUCCAGAGGAAUCGACCGCCCGAACCAACGCUCGACCAAUCAGAGGGCGUAGAAGUCCGUAAAUGGGAAGAGUCCCUAACAGCCCAUACUGUCAAGCUCACCCUGCGUUCCAUAUGCAAGAGGCGAACACCACGUCCGCCCGGUCGCCCGACAAUUAGCGCCUUCCUUCGCCUGGUUCCUACAAGACGACGCAAGAAUCAGUCCGGUACAUAGGUCGCCCCGGUGGUCUAGUGGG